AUGCAGCACCUGUGCUACUUGGCACCGCCUGUCAUGCUCACCUACGUCUUGGGCUUUCUCCCCGGCGUCGUGAGUUUGAUCGUCGUUGGACACAGUGACGCUGCCGACAUCCAGCUCGUCCUAGGCGCCGCGUCGCUCGCUGACAUGUACUUCAACGUGACGGGGUACAGCAUUGGCCUCGGCUUGGCCAGCGCUAUGGACACGCUCUGCUCGCAAGCGUACGGUGCUGGAAACCUCCAGCGCAUUGGCGUCGUCCUCCAGUCGGGCCUUCUCGUGCUCAGUGUUCUCUUCUUGCCGAUUUUGCUCCUCCACCUCUUUGCAACGGAUCUUCUUCUCGCGCUGCAUCAGCCGGAACGCGUCGCGGUCCUCGCCGGCGCGUAUGCACGUUGGCUCGUCCUUGGCCUGCCAUUCGCUUUUGUCUAUGAGCUCUUGAAGAAGACGCUCCAGGCACAAAACGUGGCGCUCCCAAUGGUCUAUUGCACCCUCGUGGGGAAUGCUGUGAACGCGAUCGUCGGCUACGUGUUCGUGCACCACUCGGCCUAUGGCUUUCUCGGCGCUGCGAUCGGUCGGUCGGCCGCCAACAUCGCGCAGCCGCUGUGUCUCGGUGUAUACUACUGGUGGCAUCCGAACGCGCGGGCCUUCUGGCCAGGGUGGAACUGGCGGUGCGCGUCGGCCGGCGUCGGCGAGUUCUUGGGCAUCUUGCGCGGGUGCGGGCUCCAGGGAAAAGGCGCCGUCAUCAACUUUGUCGCGUACCUCAUCGUGGGUCUCCCCCUCGGGUAUGCGCUGGCCUUUCCUUGGCAACUCGACCUCCCGGGGCUCUGGAUCGGCAUGGUGUUUGCGUUUCUGACCGCCGCCACCAUCGGGCUCGGGCUUCUCAAGUGUGCGAGCAUCGACCGCAUCAGCGACAAAGCGGCCGCGGUUGCCAAGACGGCACGGUCAUAA